AUGGAAGACUCGAAAGAAGAUUCACCUUCAUCUUCGUUUGACGCUAUGGACGUUUGUAUACCUGAGAGAAUGCUCAAAUUGGAGGUAAAAUACGGAUUCAGUAUUGAAAAUAAAAAAAAAGUUUAUUUCAAUUUUUGAAAUUGUGUUCUCUACCCUACCCUACCCUGCCCUAUCCUACCCUGCCCUACCCUACCCUACGCUACCCUACUCUACUCUACUCUACCGUGCUCAGCCGUGCCUUGCCCUGUCUUGUUCUGCUCUUCCCAGGUUUUAGUAAUCUGUCCUACCCUUGCCUACUCUACCCAUACUUUCACCUUUACCUUGUCGGUUGGACAGUGAUUAAAUAACCUCAUUUUACAGGGCUCAGAGUUGGAAAACCUAUUUUUCACUUCAAUAUUCCCACCUUUAUGUGCUAUAGGCAUCAUUGGCAAUCUACUCAACUUGACAGUACUAUUAAGUGGAGAGAUAAGAUCACGGAGGACUACAAAUCAUAGGUAUGACAGUGCUUAUUUUAAAUUUUUAGCUGUUUGUAUGGAAUAUUCUUGUCGUGUUUUGCUUUGUAAAGAAAUUUCUUGCAAUUUUAAGUUUUGUAAAGAAAGUUGUUGCCAUUUUAUGUUUUUUAAAGAAAGUUAUUGCUAUUUUUUUAAAAAUUUUAGGUCCAACGGCUUACUAGUAGCCCUAGCACUAUGUGACAUUUUAUUCCUCAUACUCAUGAUACCACAUUCCAUGGCGAACUUUGAUCGAUUCGGACUGAAUCACACAUUUCGAGUAUUUUACUUUUCUUUCAAAACACACCUCAUCUCUAUGGCCAAUUGGUGCUCCGCCGUCACUAUAUGGUACUGCUUUGAGAAUUUUGUCUGGGAUGGUUUAGGUUGUUCAAAUAAUUCUGUGCUUCAUAAUCUCAAAAAAAUGCUUUGAAUAGAGAGGCACAGAAUUAUUUGAAAAACUCAAUAAGGUGCACAUAAUUAUUUGAACACCUUAAUAAUGGUUUAUUUGGUACUGUAGGGAGAUCGGUAAACGUAAAGAUAGGCGUAGGGGUAGACUAUAUCAAGCCUAACCUCAAUUUACAGUAGUCAUUACCUAGCAUAUAACCUCUACCUUUUCAGGCUAGUAAUAGCAAUAUGUGCAGAACGUCUACUAGGAAUCCGAUCUCUACUCCGUGCCAAUUCGCAAUGGUCACCGUGCACGACAGCACGCCUCAUCAGUACUAUAAUAUUGGCGACGGGAGUAUUGACCUUCUACAAUCACUUUUCGUAUCAUUGCGUGGUAAAAGAGCUUUGUAAUGGCACUCAAGUCAUCAGUAAAUGCUUUGAUAUUGUUCAGGAAGAGUAAGUUAGUAUGGCCGGUCAAAAAGUUUGUAGAACUUGAUUUUUAAAAUAGUGUUUUAGGUAGUACUUGGCCUAAAAUUGGUUUUUAGGUAACAAAACUUGAGCUAGCCGGCUUGAAAUGGCAUAAAAUGACUUUUUUUUUGACUAUUUUUCUAUUAAAAAAUGUCAUUUUAGCUGGCCCGGUAAUCGAACAAACUUUACCCCGCCCGCCCUCCGCGCCUACGUACAAUGGAGUAUCAUACUCAACGUCGCCUUCGUCAUCAUCCUACCCAUCAUCGUGAUGUUAGGGCUUAAUUGUGCACUGUUAGUGGUGGUACGGCGACAAUCGUUCCUAAUGUACAAUCGACUGAUGGUUGAACAACAUCACAAAGACUCGGUUAAUAUGCAUCCAAGACACAAAUCGAGUCUGCCAAGCAUUGUGACAGCGAAACGAGACAGUGAAGACAUGGGGUCGUAUGUUACGUCCAUGUUGUUUAGGAGAAGCAUUGAUCAGACGGCUCAAUUUCAUGCUGAACAUCGGGUUACAGUGACUGUUUGUGCCAUUGUUACUUGUUUUACUAUAACACAGGUGAGAUGUUAUGAAAAUAUUUUUUUAAGGAUGCCCUUUCUAUUAGUAAGCUUGAUCUUCAACCACUUUUUCAAUUUUUAUCCCUAAAAUAACAAAAAAAUACAUAAAUAUUACCUUCCAGGGCCCCUCAGCCAUUGUAAUGUCGCUAUCAUUCCUCUCUGGCCAUCGUCCACCAUACGUCAACUCCAACAUCACUUGGUACAACAUCUCCACCUUCACCGGCUUCCUUGUUAUCAUCGGCAAAACCCUCAACUUUGUCCUGUUUUGCUUGAGUUCGGCCGCUUUCCGCCGACGCCUCCUCAACAUAUUGAACAAGAAGUUUGUGAUCCUAUCACGCCGCUCCAGUAUGCAGGCCACAUCCACAACGACAGCAGGGACAUCGCAAAGCUCGUUACGAAAGAAUGGAGCCCAGCCUGGCACGCCACAACAAACCACCGCCGAUCGACGAUAUUCACUUGCCUUCUGA